AUCACGUAUAUGUGUAUUUAUACCAGAUUGCUGUUGACAGCGAACAAGAGCAGUCAGCCGUGUUGUGAUUUGCAGUAAAUAUGGUGAAAGUAGACAUUAAAUACACUAAGUUGUUCAUCAACAAUGAGUGGGUGGAUGCCGUCAGUAAGAAGACUUUUCCCACUAUAAACCCUCAAGAUGAGACCGUCAUCACACAAGUCGCUGAAGGAGACAAGGCUGAUAUUGACUUAGCAGUGAAAGCCGCUGUAAAGGCAUUCCACCGUUAUUCAGAAUGGAGGCUACUCGAUGCUUCUCAACGAGGCAGAUUGCUCCUCAAGUUGGCAGAUCUCAUGGAAAGAGACGUGAAAUACUUAGGGGAACUUGAGACUUUAGAUUGCGGCAAACCAGUUGCACAGGCAACAGGUGAAGCGGCUUGGUCGGCUCAAAUUAUCAGAUAUUACGCUGGAAAAGCUGAUAAAAUUUUGGGUAACACUAUCCCCGCAGAUGGCGAAGUGCUCUCCAUGACAAUUAAAGAACCAGUAGGCGUUUGUGGUCAAAUCCUGCCUUGGAACUAUCCUAUUCCCAUGUUUGUUUGGAAGAUCGCCCCUGCCCUAGCUGCUGGGUGUACUCUCGUCAUUAAACCGGCGGAGCAGACUCCUCUCACUGCACUUGCCUUAGCGGCAUUGAUCAAAGAAGCUGGUUUCCCACCGGGUGUUGUAAAUGUUAUUCCUGGAUAUGGACCUACUGCUGGUGCGGCCCUCACGAACCACCCUUGUGUUGAUAAAAUGGCUUUCACGGGAUCCACUGAGAUUGGACGAAUUAUCAUGAGUGGUGCUCCCAAAGUAAAUCUAAAACGUGUUACUUUAGAACUCGGAGGAAAGAGCCCCCUAGUUAUUUUCAACGACGCGGAUGUCGAGAAGGCAGCACAAAUCGCUCACAGAGCCGCCUUCGCAAACGCUGGCCAAUGCUGUGCUGCUGGAACUAGGACUUUUGUUCAGUCUGGUAUCUACGAAGCUUUCGUUGCAAAGGCCGCUGAAAUUGCGAAAAAACGAACUGUAGGAAAUCCUUACGAAGACGUUCAACAAGGACCACAGAUUGAUAACGAGAUGUUCACAAAAGUCAUGGGCUACAUCCAAUCAGGCAAGAAAGAAGCUCGUUGCGUUGCUGGUGGAGACAGAAUUGGAAAAACUGGAUUCUACAUCCAACCUACUGUUUUCGCUGAUGUUAAAGAUGAUAUGAAAAUUGCUAAAGAAGAAAUCUUCGGACCCGUUCAGAGUAUCCUCAAGUUCGACACAUUCGACGAAGUAAUCGACCGUGCAAACAACACCAACUACGGUCUUGGUUCUGGAGUCGUCACUAAGGAUAUCACAACCGCCUUGGCAUUCGCUAAACAUAUACGUGCAGGCACUGUUUGGGUGAAUACGUAUGAGCAUGUGACUCCCCAAACUCCGUUCGGAGGAUUUAAGGAAUCAGGCAUUGGUCGUGAAAUGGGCGAGGAAGGCAUUCUGCAAUAUCUAGAGAAUAAAACUGUUACUAUCAACCUGCCGAAGAAACCGCAAAUGUAACCUACCGAGGCCGAAAAUAUCAACUUAAUCAUAUUAUA